CACGUCAGUUGUUGUCUUCCCGUGUUUCGGCUCGGUGUUGGUGUCUGCGUUGGGUUCUCCGCGGCUGGUCGAGUGAAGCGAGGUCCGGAACGGGAGAGGGUAGCUCGGACUUCAGCCCAGGCAUCGAGAUGGACGUUCUGAAAUCAGAGAUUCUUCGGAAGCGGCAGCUGGUGGAGGACAGGAACCUGUUGGUGGAAAAUAAAAAAUAUUUCAAGCGUAGUGAACUUGCCAAAAAAGAGGAGGAAGCAUAUUUUGAAAGAUGUGGCUACAAGAUACAGCCGAAGGAGGAGGACCAGAAACCAUUAACUUCGUCAAAUCCAGUAUUAGAACUUGAGCUGGCAGAAGAAAAAUUACCAAUGACUCUUUCUAGGCAAGAGGUUAUCAGAAGAUUGCGAGAAAGAGGAGAACCAAUUAGACUUUUUGGAGAAACUGAUUAUGAUGCUUUUCAGCGUUUAAGGAAAAUAGAGAUCCUCACACCUGAAGUUAACAAGGGCUUGAGGAAUGAUCUGAAAGCAGCUUUAGAUAAGAUUGAUCAGCAGUACCUCAACGAAAUUGUGGGAGGUCAGGAACCUGGAGAGGAAGACACACAGAAUGACUUGAAAGUUCACGAAGAAAACACCACAAUUGAAGAGUUAGAGGCACUAGGGGAGUCUUUAGGGAAAGGCGAUGAUCAUAAGGACAUGGACAUCAUCACCAAAUUCCUGAAGUUUCUUCUUGGAGUUUGGGCUAAAGAAUUGAAUGCCAGAGAAGAUUAUGUGAAACGCAGUGUACAGGGUAAAUUGAACAGUGCUACUCAGAAACAGACCGAGUCCUAUCUCAGACCACUUUUCAGAAAGCUGCGUAAAAGGAAUCUUCCUGCUGAUAUUAAAGAAUCAAUAACAGAUAUUAUUAAAUUCAUGUUGCAGAGAGAAUAUGUGAAGGCAAAUGAUGCUUAUCUCCAGAUGGCCAUUGGGAAUGCACCUUGGCCUAUUGGUGUCACUAUGGUUGGGAUCCAUGCUAGAACUGGCAGGGAAAAGAUUUUUUCCAAGCAUGUUGCACAUGUUUUAAAUGAUGAAACUCAGCGGAAGUAUAUUCAGGGGUUGAAGAGGUUAAUGACCAUUUGCCAGAAACACUUUCCUACAGAUCCUUCAAAAUGUGUAGAGUACAAUGCACUAUGAGAUUUGUGUACAGUGUGUAAAUAACAAUGAGAAACUGAAGGGCUGCAGGGUACAGCCUUCUGGAAUUACUGCCAGGAAUGAAGGAAGAAGAAAACCCGAGUUUCCAGUCUCUGGUUUCUGUCUGAUACAACUCUUGAUUGGUUUUAAGAACUGUGUUGGCUUUCCUGUCACAUCUGACUGCAAGCUAAUUUCUGUGUCUUGCACUUUUCCCCCAAAAUUUAAAUGUGUAAACAGUAACAGUAUGGAGUUAUAAAUGACCUUUUUCCAGUAAACUUGAUAGUUGCAGUUAGAUGAUUAAAAAGAAAUGUUUAAGGAUGGACUUGUUUCUGUAAAAUAUAAUUUGCACAUUGUCUUUUGUCUAACAUUUAUAGAAGAUAUUUUUAUAUAUUUCAACAAUUUGGAACCACGAAAUGAAACUUUAUAGUCUUUAAAUCUUUCU